UUUGAAUACUCUUAGCACCUUGUAUUCAUAUGCCAUUCUUUAUACAUGAACUUGUGUAGUCAUAGAGAAAAUGUUCAUUUAUAUGAUCAAACUAACGAGGUAAAAAAAUGAGAAGAAUGGAUACUUUGAUAGGUGUUCUUUCAAUUGCCCUUUUGCUCUGUUUUCAAGUAUGCUUUGCAAAAGAAGCUGCUGAGCAUAUAACCAUUCCAGUGAAUGUUGGAGUGGUUCUUGAUGCGCAUACAGAGAUUGGUAAGAUGGGGAUGAAAUGCAUCUCGAUGGCCUUGUCAGACCUGUAUGCUUCUCAUGGUUCCUCCUACAAAACAAGGCUUGUUCUGAACAGAAGGGACUCCAAAGGAACUGUAGUUGGUGCUGCUGCUGCAGCACUUGAUCUACUGAAAAAUGUGGAGGUGCAAGCUAUUUUGGGGCCGAUGACAUCUAUGCAAGCAAACUUUGUUAUCAAUCUUGGAGAUGUUGCUCAAGUACCUAUAAUCUCAUUUUCUGCAACAAGCCCUUCACUUUCCUACACUCGAAGUGAGUUUUUCUUUCGGGCAACUCUGAAUGACUUGUCUCAAGUACAAGCCAUAAGUGCUUUUAUUCAUGCCUUUGGAUGGAAAGCAGCAGUGCCUAUUUAUGUUCACAAUGAAUUUGGAGAAGGAAUCAUCCCUUUUCUUAAUGAUGCAUUGGAAAAAAUCAACACCAAUCUUCCCUACCGAAGUGUUAUCCAUCCAUUAGCUAGCGACGAUGAAAUCCUUAAAGAGCUUUACAAGCUAAUGACUAUGCAAACUCGAGUUUUCAUCGUUCACAUGCCAUUCUCACUCGGCUCAAGGCUUUUCAUGAAAGCAAAAGAAAUCGGAAUGAUGAGUAAGGGAUAUGUUUGGAUCACUACGGAUGGAAUGACUAAUUUCUUGAGGUUGGAGAAUUCAGCAAUUGCAAGAUCAAUGCAAGGUGUAAUUGGAAUAAAACCUCAUGUUCGAGUAACUAAAAGGCUGCAAGCUUUUUCUUACAGAUGGAGAUACAACUCUCAAGAAGAGGCUUCCAUUCAAGACUUAAAUAUCUACGGUUUGUGGGCAUAUGAUGCAACUAUUGCACUAGCAAUGGCAGUAGAGAAGAUUGGACCAAGACAUUUCUCAUUCCAGAAAAUCAAUGUCUCUAAUGGUUCAAUGGAUCUUGAUAGUUUACCGGUUUCAACAGUUGGGAAGGACCUCCAACAUGCAUUGGUGGACACUAGAUUUACUGGCAUUUCUGGAGAUUUCCACUUUAAAAAUAGGCAAUUGGAUACAUCCAUAUUUGAGAUAAUCAAUGUGGUUGGUAAAGAAAAGAAGGUGAUAGGAAUUUGGACAACAGAAAAUGGGAUUCCAAGAAACUUAACAAGUAUGAGUGGUGAUCCAAUCCUUCCAUCUUCAGCAGCCAGUCUUGAUAUUUUGUGGCCAGGUGAUAGUAAAAGUAUUCCAAAAGGAUGGGUGAUUCCAACCAAUGAGAAGAAACUGAGAAUAGGGGUGCCGGUAAAGGAUGGUAGUAAAUUUGUAAGGGUCAUAAAUGAUCUGAAAUCUAAUACGUCAAAGGUCUCGGGAUUUAGCAUAGACAUCUUUGAUGCUGUUAUGGCAACACUACCCUACUAUGUUCCAUAUGACUACGUUCCAUUUGAGAAUGCGGAUGGCAAAAGCGCUGGAAGCUAUGAUGAUAUGAUUUACCAAGUUUACCUUGGGAAUUUUGAUGCAGUUGUUGGAGAUAUUACAAUUAUUGCAAAUAGAUCAAACUAUGUGGACUUCACCCUGCCAUAUACCGAGUCUGGUGUAACAAUGAUUGUUCCUGUCAAAGACAAGAAGCAAAACACUGCUUGGGUUUUCUUGAAGCCAUUGACCUGGGAUCUAUGGUUAACGAGCGUAUGCUUCUUCAUUUUCUUUGCCUUUGUGAUCUGGAUUCUUGAAAGAAAAUCAAAUGAAGAAUUUGGACAAACUCCUCCUCAACAACUAGGCACAAGCCUAUGGUUUUCGUUCUCAACAAUGGUUUUUUCGCAACGAGAAAAAGUGGUGACUGGCUUAGCAAGGUUUGUGGUGAUUAUAUGGUGCUUCGUGGUUCUAAUUCUAACACAAAGCUACACAGCUAGUUUAACUUCAAUGCUGACAGUGUCACAACUGGAGCCUACCUUAACAAGUAUAGAUCAGCUCAUACAGGAUGGGGUAAAAGUUGGCUAUCCAAAAGGUUCUUUUGUAUUGGCUCUCUUAAGACACUUGAAUUUCAAUGAGGCCAACCUCAAAAUGUAUCACAACAUGGAUGACUUGCACAAUGCUUUCUUAGAUGGACGUAUUGCUGCAGCCUUUGAUGAACUUCCCUAUAUGAAGCCCUUUGUUGCAAAAUAUUGCUCAAAAUAUACUAUGGUUGCACCAACACUUAAGGCUGGUGGAUUUGGAUUUGUCUUCCCUAAAGGUUCCCCUCUCUUGCCGGAUGUUUCUAGGGGUAUUUUGAUCAUCACUGAAGAGCCAGAAAUGUCAAAAUUUGAGAAAGGAUGGUUUGGGGAACAAAUUAUUUGCCCAGAUCUGACAACUACCACAUCAUCAAAUCGUGUUGAUGUGAACAGUUUUUGGGGUCUAUUCCUCAUUGUUGGAGCUGCUUCAAUGCUAGCCCUGGUUGUAUUUUCUUCUAUAUCACUUUAUGAGCAUAGAAAUUUGUUUAUGGGCUCAGGAAAAAGUAAGCGCAUUGAUCCAAUCCCUACCAUCAGUCUAUCCAAUGGUUCAGAAGAAAUAGAGGGCAGUUGUAAAGACAAGGAAGAUUCCGUAAUUAACCAUAGUCAACAAAAUAGCAUGUCAAGAAGUGCCAGUGUCGAGGAUAACGAAGAAAUGUAGGAUAAAUAACUGAUUUGAAAGCCAAAUUGGGACAUAUCCUAGAAGUUGUACAUUCAGUUCAAAUAAAUUUUGAUACAAUUACUUGGUUAAA